UUGCAUUUCAAUACGCAUUGCGGUGGGGGAAGGGUUGCUCUGCGCUGAUACGAGACCGAUGGCGGUGGAAUUAGGGAGACAGACCGAGACAGCUCAGUCAGGUAGACAAACGGAGACGGUAACGCCGGUCGGAAGUCGGUCAAUUUGGGGCGAAGUUGAGCUAGCGGAAAGCUACCUGGUUUGCUCUAUGUUUGAAGAGGCAGCAGCAUCAGCUUCUUCUGUUCUUAAACGAUUAUGUGACAAAGAAUACACUGACGGGGUUGUAGAAAAUAUCGAGCUGAAUGACAUGCUUGAGUCAGCUGGUAUGGUGUUUGUGCAGUCCUUGCAGGAACUUGGAAGGACAUUGGAAAUAAUAAAUGAGUUGAUGCAGCUGUAUAAUUCACUCACUGCCAUUCCGGUUCAUGUUUUCCUUGCUGGGGUGUGCUUUCAGAUGCAAGAAGACCCUCAUGGUGCUCAAAAAAUACUUGAGGAGUUUUUGAGCAAGUGGAGAUUUGUGGACGAACGAUUUUAUGUUCUCGCAAGUCUAGAGACAAAUUUGUCUUACAUGGAGGGAUAUGACAAUAGAUUUGUUCUUGGAGUUGAUACAUACCUUCAAGUUGUUGAGGCAUAUGUAGCUCUUCUCACAGGGAUUUUGAGAGGCACAGAUCUUGCCAUCUCUUGGGUUGAGAAAGCUGCAUUACCCGAGCAUACACGACAGGAAUAUUUACGGCGUUUACAGUCCAUGUACUCAUCUAAUGCCACUGGAUCUCAGUCCUCCACAUCAGAUUUGCUAAGAGAUGGGAAUGUAACCUCUUCUGUUUCUAACAAAAAACAAACGCCAUUUGAGGGAUCAUCAAAGACUCCCGGGAAACAACCUGAUGGGAAGGAUACUGCAAAAGAAGCAAUUUUAAGAUAUUCCGCACAGCAUGUUCCUACCUUUUGGUGGUUCCGCACUCUCAAUGUAAAGUUCGGUAGCAUCAAGUUUGCAAUAUCAAAUGGAAGUAUCCUUCUGACAGCUUUGAUGCUUCUCACUUUUUAUUUUAUGCGGAGGAAGAAACAUUCAAUAACAAGUAUUCUAAAGGGACAGGUCUUGUUUGUAAAGAAGGCUGUCUUGGACUUGUGGCAACUUGCAUUCUCAUACCAAGUAAACCCCUUAGCUUCCAUUGAGCCUCUCCAAACUCCAGCUCGUGUAAGCCGCUGAUGGUUUAAACUAGCCAAACCCGAGUUCAACCAGAUGGUCCUGCCUGCCUUGAAGUUAGCCUGCUUCAAUUGGUUUAGGACAGUUGAGCUGAGCUGAUUAUGAUCAUUCUUGAAGCUGCUAAUUAGAUGAACAUUAUUAUGCAUGCUUAGUUUCAAAUCAUUAAACCACACACCAAAUAUGUGCCUCAGUGCACUAUAGUAACAUGCUUGAUUCUGUACCUUCAAAAAGGAAUUUGGAACAUGGUAAUAAAUUGCAUGUUCUCAUUGUUAAGCAUUGGACAAAAUUUUUUGUAGGUGUUGUGGGUUUUGUUCUGUGUUUAUUAUUAACAACAUAUCGGUCAGUGUUGUACUCUUUAGGGUAGAGGUCAAGUCUAUAUAUAUUUACCCUCCCAGACCCACCUCCGGAUGGGAUAGAUGGGUCUCAUUUUGGUUUGGUUUGAUUUAUCAGUCAUUCGAGCGGCAAGUUUUAAGUA